AUGUUUAAUAUUAUUUUUAUUUUAAAGAUUUUUUUUUUUAUUUUAUUUGGUCUUAUUAGUAAAAUGACAAAUAAUUUAAAUAUUAAAAAAAAAAAAAAUCUUUUUUUUUUGUGGGGAACAAGAUAA